AUGAAGAUUGAUAAAACAGACUUCCCCAUUAUGCGGCAAAGAGAAGAAGAGAUGAAUCCUUUAGAGUGGAUUUUGUUUUUCAUAUGCGUUUGCUUCAAAGUUACUCAAACAAAAGCCUCAUCUUGGACCACUGAUGUGCCAUCCUCAGUUACAGGUCUCCGUGGCUCAUGUGUGGUCAUCCCAUGCUCUUAUGACUACCCAGCUGGAGAAGACCAAAAAGUCAAUGUAUUCACAGGGAUUUGGAAGACCACUGAGAGAGACCAAGUCAUCUAUCAUCCAACUGAAUCUAAAAUUCUGGAGCAACAUAGGAGACGAACAAACCUAGUGGGAAACAUCAGAGAGAAGAACUGUUCUCUGAUGAUUCAAAACCUUCAAGAACCUGAUGGGGGGUCUUUUUAUUUCAGGAUAGAACUUAAAGGAUACGCUAAUUUUUCCUAUUUAACUAAAAAAGUUGUUAUUUCAGUGACUGAUGAACCAAACCCCAUCAGUUUAUCUAUGAAAGAAGAGGUAAAGGAGGGUGAAAACGUGUCUGCUUCCUGCUCUGUGUCUCACUCCUGCCCCACAUAUCCACCUGAUUUCCACUGGAGUCACUCUGGAGAGCAACAUGAUCAAACACAGCAGCUUCAUGAAGGCCAGUGGAAUUCAACAUCUACUCUGACCUUUCGCUCAAACCGCACGGAUCACAACAAACCUUUACAAUGCAGUGUUACAUACCACGGUGGAAAGCAGCGGGAACAAUACAAGAUCAUUAAAAUAAAAUAUGCCCCUGACAUUAAGACUUCUUCUAAGUGCUCCUCAUAUGAUGGCAUAGUAACAUGUGAAUGUAUCAUAGAUUCUGAGCCUCCCAGCACGGUCCUUUUUGUUCUUGGUGACAAAGUGCUGCAAAGCAGCAAAGUAGAGAAAAAUGGCUCUGUUACUACUGAAAUUCUGCAGGUAGACUUUGGGUCUUUCAAGUUUGUGCACUGCCUGGCAAACAACAUGCUGGGAAAUGCUAACCUCAUGCUUUCAUUAUCUGAUAAAGACAACAUGCAAAUUAUUCUUAUUGCCUCUGGGGCAGGUGUGAUUUUGUUGAUCAUUUUGAUAGCCACAGGAGUGGGAGUUGAAAAAUGGUGA